AUGAUUAAAGAUAACACCGAAAUUAUUCCACUAAUGGGCAAGAAAACAAAUCCAUCUGGUACUCCCCCCCAGGAGAGAAAGCCGACUGAAAGCACGCCCACAAAGAAAAGUUCACACUUUUUUCUGGAGAUUGAUGGGUUUGAAAGCAAUGCAACUCCAAAUAAUACGUCUCCCCCUGUGUUUUCAAAACCAAUGGAUUCAAACAUUCGUCCAUGUGCAUCUGGAAAUGGGGAAGAUAUGGAUUCCCCACAGUCUCUUCAGGACGAUGCGACUGAAUACAGCCCUAAUGUAGAGAGUUGUUGUGCUAACAUAUCACAAGGACGUGAGCACACUAGUGCCCGGAAGAAGUUGAAAAGAUACAUAUUUCGGGCAGUAUCUGAGGGGAAUAUAGAAGAAUUGCAACAUCUGCUGGCAGAGCUGAAGGAGCGAUGCAACGCGUGUACAAACAUGACCGUGCCAGAUUACCUGAUGAAAAAAUUCACAGCUGCAGAUACUGGCAAAACUUGUCUGAUGAAAGCUCUGCUGAACAUCAAUGAGAACACAAAUGAGAUAGUGAAUAUGCUACUAUCCUUUGCAGAAGAAAAUGGUAUUUUGGAGAGAUUUAUCAAUGCAGCAUAUACAGAAGAGGCAUAUAAAGGCCAGACAGCUCUAAAUAUUGCCAUUGAAAGAAGACAGUAUGAAAUAACUCAGAACCUUAUAGAAAAAGGAGCUGAUGUCAAUGCUCAUGCCCAGGGUAUCUUCUUUAAUCCCAAACAUAAGCACGAAGGCUUUUAUUUUGGUGAAACUGCACUGGCGUUAGCUGCAUGCACCAAUCAACCCGACAUAAUUCAACUGUUAAUGGACAAUACCAGGACUAAUAUUACUUCUCAGGAUUCCAGAGGAAACAAUAUCCUCCAUGCAUUAGUUACUGUGGCAGAGGACUUCAAAACCCAGAAUGACUUUGUAAUCAGAAUGUACGACAUGAUUUUGUUGAAAAGCAAAGACAGAAAUUUGGAAACAACGAAGAACAAGGAGGGUUUGACACCACUACAAUUAGCUGCAAAAACUGGGAAAUUAGAGAUUCUGAAAUACAUCCUGAGCAGAGAGAUAAGAGAUAAGCCUAACAGGAGCCUGUCAAGAAAAUUCACAGACUGGGCUUACGGUCCUGUUCAAUCUUCUCUUUAUGAUCUGACAGAACUAGAUACCACUGCCGACAAUUCAGUGUUGGAAAUUAUUGUGUAUAAUACAAAUAUUGGUAACCGUCAUGAAAUGCUGACUCUGGAGCCUCUGAAUUCACUCCUGCGAAUGAAAUGGAAGAAGUUUGCAAGACACAUGUUUUUUAUGUCAUGCUGGUUUUAUUUUCUAUACAAUGUAACAUUAACGUUAGUUUCCUACCACAGGCCUAAUGAAAAUGAAGCUCCACCUUAUCCGCUCGCUCUGACACGUGGUGUGGGGUGGCUGCAGUUAUCGGGACAGUUGCUGGUUAUGUUGGGAGCAAUAUUUUUAGCCAUAAAAGAGAGCGUAGCCAUCUUUCUGCUUCGGCCCUCAGACCUGCAGUCAAUUCUCUCUGACGCGUGGUUCCACUUUGCAUUUUUUAUACAAGCUUUGCUUGUGAUCUUCUCUGUCUUUUUGUACUUGUUUUCCUACAAAGAACACCUUGUGUGUCUUGUUUUGGCAAUGGCCCUAGGAUGGGCUAAUAUGCUCUAUUUCACCAGAGGUUUCCAGUCCAUGGGCAUUUACAGUGUUAUGAUUCAAAAGGUCAUCCUGCAAGAUGUGAUAAAAUUUUUAGUUGUCUAUAUCGUGUUUUUGCUGGGAUUUGGCGUAGCUCUUGCUGCGUUGAUUGAAACGUGCCAAGAGGGCAGCGAAUGCCAUUCCAACAGCAGUCUGGGACCUGUCCUGAUGGAUCUCUUUAAGCUCACCCUAGGACUGGGUGAUCUGGAGAUCCAGCAAAAUUCAAAGUAUCCUGUGCUAUUUCUUCUGCUCCUCAUAACUUUUGUUGUGUUGACUUUUGUUCUCCUCUUGAACAUGCUGAUUGCAUUAAUGGGAGAAACGGUGGAAGACAUUUCUAAAGAGAGCGAGCACAUCUGGAAACUCCAGAGAGCCAGAACCAUUUUGGAAUUUGAAAAAUUCUUACCAAAAUGUUUGAGGAAAAAAUUCCAACUGGGAGAACGGUGUAAAGUUGCUGAAAAUGACACCAGGGUGUGUUUAAGGAUUAAUGAAGUGAAAUGGACUGAGUGGAAAACACAUGUUUCAUUUAUUAAUGAAGAUCCAGGGCCAACAGAUCCAAGCAAAGUUCAAGAUAAUUCAAGAACUAAUAGCAAAAACACCCUGAACACGUUUGAAGAAACGGAUGAUUUGCCCGAAACCUCUGUUUAG